CGUAGCGUUCGAGAUGGUGUGGGAGGGUUUACGCAGGCGCACAGGGUGUAUGGGUAAGGCGAGUGGUCGGUGCCGGUUUUUUGGAGAACUGAGUACACCUUUUAAAUUAAUAUGUCCCCUGAAGUUGCCUUGAACAAAAUAUCUCCAUCACUUUCUCCUUUGAUUUCCAAUGUGGUCAGGAAUGGAAAAGUAGGAUUGGAUGCAACUAACUGUUUAAGGAUUACAGAUCUGAAAUCUGGCUGCACAUCCUUGACUCUUGGACCCAACUGUGAUCGCUUUAAGUUGCAUAUUCCAUAUGCUGGCGAAACACUAAAAUGGGAUAUAAUUUUUAAUGCCCACUAUCCAGAACUGCCACCUGACUUCAUCUUUGGAGAGGAUGCUGAAUUCCUGCCUGAUCCAUCGGCCUUACAUAACUUGGCCUCAUGGAAUCCUUCAAACCCUGAAUGCCUCCUGCUUGUUGUAAAAGAACUUGUGCAACAGUAUCACCAGUUCCAGUGUAGCAGACUCCGUGAGAGCUCUCGCCUCAUGUUUGAAUAUCAGACAUUACUUGAAGAACCUCAAUAUGGGGAGAACAUGGAAAUUUAUGCUAGCAAAAAGAACAAUUGGACUGGUGAAUUUUCAGCUCGUUUUCUUCUGAAAUUGCCGGUAGACUUCAGCAACAUCCCCACUUACCUUCUCAAGGAUGCAAAUGAAGACCCUGGGGAAGAUGUUGCUCUUCUUUCAGUCAGUUUUGAGGAUACAGAAGCUACUCAAGUUUUCCCCAAAUUGUAUUUGUCUCCAAGAAUCGAACAUGCUCUUGGAGGAUCUUCUGCCCUUCACAUCCCUGCUUUUCCAGGUGGCGGCUGCCUCAUUGAUUAUGUGCCCCAAGUAUGUCAACUAUUAACCAACAAGGUUCAGUAUGUUAUUCAGGGUUAUCAUAAGAGAAGAGAGUAUAUUGCUGCAUUUCUUAGUCACUUUGGAACUGGUGUGGUAGAAUACGACGCUGAGGGUUUCACAAAACUCACCUUGUUACUGAUGUGGAAAGAUUUUUGCUUCCUGGUUCACAUUGACCUGCCAUUGUACUUUCCUCGGGACCAGCCAACUUUGACGUUUCAGUCUGUAUAUCACUUCACUAACAGUGGAGAGCUCUAUUCCCAGGCCCAGAAAAAUUAUCCCUAUAGUCCACGAUGGGAUGGCAAUGAGAUGGCCAAAAGAGCAAAGGCUCACUUCAAAACAUUUGUCCCUCAGUUCCAGGAGGCAGCAUUUGCCAAUGGAAAACUCUAAGAUAAAAGGGGUAAAACAGCUUAUCCUGAGAGGAUGCCAAACAGUCAUGUCCAAAUGCCUGUCAACAGACUUCAAGAUGGCUUCCUGCAAAGAAUUUGGACUUCAGUCUCUCUUAGUGUGUUUUGCCUCUGGAAUGUAAUUGUGAUCAGCGCAGAUUGAAUUUACUCUUGUAUAAUGAGGACCUUGGCUGGCUAAAUAUAUUAUGUGUUCUUUCACUCAGUUUUCCUACAUGCACACACAUUUUUUUAUUUACUAACAUGAUUUAAAUUAAAAAUGUAUUGGAUAGAUGUGAUUUCCCCCCCUUGUGAUGACUUAUUUCUAUCAUUGUUUUCCUAUGCCAGUGUUUGGGGCUUUUCUGUAAAAUUUUCCUUAAUAGAAUUUCAACUUUUGGCACAUUAGAAGUAAACACUUUGAGCAAUAAGUCCACUGGAGAAAGUGCUACCAUAUUACACCUUUAUAAUUUCCCAAAAUUCAUCUCCACAUGAGCCUGAAAGAAUACAACUAGAGAAACCUUUAAGUGCCACGAAAGUGGCCUUGAUGGCACAUAACUUUUCGUAUUUCUAAUUGGAAGGCUCCCCCCUCCCCAAUUGUAAGAUACAGCUUCAUACUUUGGUUAACAGUACAAAGUUUGAGAUGAGCUAUCUGGUUACCAUCCAACAUACUACCUAGAACUGUCUACUAUUUGAACACCAGUAGUGUCUAAAAAUUGGUUUUGCUGAGUUUUCAUGCUGUGACAUCAUUUUAUGUUCUAACUCUGGUGAGAAACAUAAAUGCCACUGUUGAAAAAGGCUUUGAAUGUCAACAGCUUAAUUGAUUCCUUUAUUAAUUUAUAAUGCAUAGUCAUUCAACCUAAAACUUGCAGUUUAUUUCACAUCUAGACGACUUUAUGAGUAAACAUCAUUGGAUGUAUCAUCUUUUCUAACACAUACAUACAUACAACCUCUCUGAGCCAUUUGUUUUCCUUUCCUGUGAUACAUUUAGGCAAGCCCCUUGUCUCUGACUAGCAGUGGACUAACUUCCCAUAUUUUGUAAAUAGCUCAGGGUACUUUCCAGCAAGGAAUAAAAUGUGCAUAAGUAGUAUGUUGGUUCAGGGAACAAAACUGAAGAAUUACUGUUGUAUUCAGAACAUCUGCAGUUGCCUAAUAUAAUCAUUAUAGAUAGGAUUGAAUUCAAAUAUAACUGACAUUAUAAGGUUGUAUCUGAGUAAGGGUGCAAUCCUGCUGGUUGUUAUGCAAGGCUGAGGAGCUUCAGGAUGUGGCAUAGCUGCAGUGGACAAGGAAGGAUGUUGGCGCCACUGGGCCUCCACCAGCAGACAUCCCCUUGCCCCAAGUGUAGCCAUGGCACAGUGGCAAUGCAGCCAGGGAACACCACCACCAUAUGGGUGCUGCCAGUUCAGCUUAGACUCACACAAGUGGAGCCAGCGGAAGGCCUGAAAAAUGGUGUUCCAGAGGGUGUUGUGGAUGAAACUGAGGGGAGGGGGUCUUACAUCACAUCCUGAGCCUGUCCAGUUUGGUCCUGCAGCCCUCAGUCCCAGCAGCCGAUACUCUGGGAAAAGGAGUGGCAGAAGGAAACAGACCCCGUCCUCCCCUCCCAGCAGCUCUUGAACAGAGGUUGGCUGUGACUGCCCCUUCCGCUGGCUCCUCUUCUGCCAGCUUCCAACAAGUUGGAUUGCGCCCUUAGUUAUACUCAGAAUAAUAUGGAUUUGAAAUAAAUGGUUUUAGGUUGGUCAUGACUAACUUAAGUCCACUGAUUUCAAUAGGUCUGCUUGGUCAGAUACCACCUAGACAUUCUUAGAAUCCUAGGGGGGGUCAGUGUUAUAUAUUAUGUCUAUAAGAAACUACCAAAUUACAUUGCCUUUUAAUUAACAAUCAUACCCUUAGAUGGAGGGGCAGUGUUCAAAAACACUUUGAACCGCAAGUCAACGAAAAUUCUAUCUCUGGAUUGGCUUUCAUGCUUUGAUGCUGUCUUUCAGGAGAUUUUUUCCACUGGUAAAAACUAUGCACUUAGUUUAUUUAUAUUCCACUUGUUCACAAUAAACUUCCAAAAACAGCUCACAAUAAAUAUUCUGAUAAAAACAACAUAUUAAAAAAAAGUUACAAAGCAUCAGUAAAUUCAAGUUAGACAAAGUCCACAAUUAGAUAAAUUCAAUAUUACAAUGAAAUAAUCUAGACAAUGCACAAUAAGAACAAAAAUAACAGGCCAAUAAAAUUAAGCUAUUCCACAUGACUUUUUCUAGUCUUGCUGCACUCCAAGGGGCUGCAGCAGCUGGCUUAAAUACAAUUCAGAGAGGACAGGAUCUUCUUACCAGGCUAGAUCGGCCUUCUCCAGCCUAAUGCCCUCCAGGUGUUCUGACUUACAGUCCCAUCAACCCUGACAUUUGGGUGUGCUGGCGUGGGGCUGAUGGGAUUUGUAGCCCAAAAUAUCUAGAGGACACAGAGUGGGGAAGACUGGGCUAGUUAGUUCACAGCUGGCUCCCUCAUCUCUGCUGCAGAGAAAACAGGGAGCACUAAAAGGGAAGGUCUCAGGAGUGGUUUCUCCAGCCUCCCAGCUGUUCCAGCUGCUAAUACUGGUCUUGCUGUACUCCAAGGGACCAUAUCAGCCUGGUUUAAACACAGUUCAGAGGACGAGCGUUCUUCAUCAGGCGCAAUGGUUUACAGUGCUUUCUAUCUCCACACCAGCAUGCUGGGCUAAAAAACUUUUAGAACUACUUCACACAAGUCCACAUUUUUUACAUCCUGUAUGAAUCCUGUAUGUAGUUCAUCACAGGAUGAACUGUCUGAAUUUAAUAAAAUACUGAAGUUACUUAUAGAUCGGAUUGGUCACUUAGUGUUGGCCAAUGUCAGUCAGUUAUACUGUCAAAUAUUUUAAGAUGUUAGUUGUUUUAACAGUUGCAAAAAGACAAUAAAAUGUAAAUGUACUGCCUUCAAGUCGAUUCCAAUUUAUGGCGACCCUAUGAAUAGGGUUUUCAUGAGGCUGAGAGGCAGUGACUGGCCCAAGGUCACCCAGUGAGCUUCAUGGCUAUGUGGGGAUUUGAACCCUGGUCUCCCAGGAACUGACAUCUAAAUUGAAGAUGCUAUUGGAGGUCACUGAGUUGUACUUGACUUGAAGGCACAUAACAACAACAAAUUGAAGUCCAUUGCUUUCCAGCACCUAUGAGAUCACAUAGCAAGUGCAGUGGACUUGAUGGUAGUUCUGAGGCCUGAACAAAUGUGCCCAUUUGAUCAACUGUGUAGGACUUCAAACCUCAUUCCAUGGUGGAAAUAUCUCCUGUGUGAAACAGAACCAUUUUAUUCCAAAUAAGUAUGCUUAGGGUCACAGCCUAGGUUCACAUUUAGAAUUCACAAAAAUGAUCAAGGUUGCAUCUUCCUUCUGGAUCAGUUCCAUCAUUAACUGACCAGUGUCUAAAAACAAAUUAGCAAGACCAGGCAUUAAUGAGCAUUUAAGAAACCACAAAUUGGCAAUUGUUCAGUUACAAAAUACAAUGCAUGCAUAGAAUCUGAUGACUAAUAAGUGUAAGAAGCUAAGUACCUCCAUCUGCUUCUUUGUAAAGAAGCAAUCUCAGUUGUAACUUAUGGGUGCAUGUAAGAAUGCUUCCACAUUAGCCCUUUUCUUCUUUUUGGUUGAUACCAUGUAGCCAGUCAUUUAUAACUGAUAAUUCAGACAACCUUCCUCCCAAAUGAUUACAUUAUCACUUUAUUAUGGCUAGUUUAAGUGGGGGACAGAAUACUUCUAUUGCAGAACUAACAAGAGGAACCAUCUCCCCUGGUGCAGAGGAGUGGUCAGUAUACUGUUUCGUUGGCAUGGUCAAUGAUAUAUGCAUUAGGUGUUACCACUAUUACCUUCACCUCUGCUGCCUGGUGAAACUGUUAUGGUGUGUGUGAAAGCGAAAUCUUGUCAGUUUACCUCGUCAUGUAAUUUCAUUAAAUUUUUACUGUGUUCACCACCACUGAUGCACACAUGUCCUUUCCUUUUUUUUGACUAAACUAUGCAUAUUCUUCCCAAAGCCUGAUGAGGAGGAAUGCUGGGCUUCUCCCUGAUUUAGUUCAUUCUUGUGGCUUCUUACCUGUCCUUCCACCAGGCAGUAACAGUAGAUGCUUUCAGAUUGCAAUUAAAAAAGUAAAAACA